GAGGAAGUCUGCUUACCGAUGUGGAAGUAGUGGUAUCCUGAGUCCUGAGAGCAGUGGGACAGAAUCCAGUGUAAAGGGUAAGUGUAAGUGGGCCGUAAAAGUGUACGCAGGUCACCUGGUACGGGUACGUGCCCAGACGGACCAGCCUUUCCUUCGUGGCAGGUGCGAUGCUUGGUGAUCUCGACAUGUCGAGUGAUGGAGACCGUCAUAUGUGCCCGAAGGUCUCCGACGGCAGGGAGUGCGCUGACCCCAUCACGGCAAUGCUGCAUCGCAUGGAGUCCAAUAUGGCCACUAAGUCAGACCUCGAUGGGAUUCAGACUGCGGUCGGCAAGUGCGAAGAGAACUACAACGUGCUCAACGAUAGGCUGUCCACGCUGGAGGCUAAGAUCCACAGAGGUCUUGACGCAGCCCAAGAAGCAGCCCUACUCGCCAAAUUGGAGGCCAACGUUCUUGAGAGCCAGUCUAGUCUAGAUGCAGGCAGCACUCGCUCAGGCACUUCCUUGCCGGCUUCCAGUGCUUCAGGUGCCUCUCGUCCUCGGUGGCAGCGCGGGCCGCGGGGCCUCGCACAUCGGUGUUCACUGGCUCGGGCAGCAACGAGCAGGACUCCGACCCCCAGAAGAUCUGGGCCAGCGGGCUCCAGUCUCCCAUGCUUGCGCGCGUCAUGGUCUCUUGCAUGAACGAGGUCAUCCCGUAUCUCCCGUCGCACAUCAAGCGUCCUUCCUCCGUCACCGCUCAUCGAUUGCUUCGAGACUGCCAACGAUGCGAAAACAGAUGUGGAGCAUGUCAAGAACACCGAUUUGAAGUUCGAGAACGCCAAAGGCGAUGCCCAUUUCCGUGCUCGUCGCGAUGCCAAUUGUGAUCUCCGUCGUCGUAGCAUGGUCCCAGGCAGAGUGUGGCAGGGUGUUUCGCACCAUUUUGCUAGCAAGAAGAUCGGCAGUGACAUUGUCGUGGUUGUGAUGGUCACCAAGGGAUUUUUCACGAAAGGCGAGGAGGUCCACAUCCUAUGCACAAUCACCCACAACGCCGACACCUCCGCCAACCUGGGGCCAGACUUUGAAAUUUUCAAACUCUAGAUGAGCAAGGACCAGGUCUUGGCACUGGUUUGGAGUGCCAUUGAAUAGGGGUUCGACAUGUCUAAUGCGUGUGUGCCAGGCUGCGUCAACUGUGCGGUCUUCAGUUGUGCCGGCCAGGUAUCUGUCAGCAUCAGUGUCAAGUUCCAGUUAUGCAUGCUCGGUUUCUUUCUCUUCUUCGGCUUCCUCCUCCUCUACCAGUUCCAGCUCGUCUUCGCCCCUCUCCUUGCCUGGAGCAAGGCCGCCUUCAUGUGCAGCCAGGCAAUUUUCCCCCGGCGCCGACUUCUCGAUUGCGACCUGGAACGCCAGAUCUUUUUUGGGAGGGCCCACUGCCAGCCAUUCAAUGCUUGAGCAGAAAAUCAACCACCUGUUUCGAUUGGUCCAGGCUCACGAUGCCGU